AAAAAGGCAAAAAAAGAAAUAAUAAAAUUCCCACUUUGCUUCUCUCUUAAAUACAUCCAGAGUUCCCUUCAGAUCCGCUUUCUCUCCUCUCUCUUCUCUCUCUUUCGGUCGGUAGACUCGAAAGGGUUCCACUCAGAUCUAAAGGAACCCUAAUUUCUUCGUGAAACCCUAGUUGGAGCUCCGAUCUAGUCGCCAUGGCGGCGGCCAGCGCUCCGAUCGCUAUGAAGGAGGCCUUGACGCUUCCUAGUAUUGGGAUUAACCAGCAAUUUAUCACCUUUACUCACGUAACAAUGGAAUCGGACAAGUAUAUCUGUGUGAGGGAGACAUCUCCACAGAACAGUGUAGUUAUAAUCGACAUGAGCAUGCCGAUGCAACCGCUGCGGAGGCCGAUUACUGCCGAUUCAGCUCUUAUGAAUCCCAUCAGCAGGAUUCUUGCUCUCAAAGCCCAAAUACCUGGGACUACUCAGGAUCAUCUCCAAAUAUUCAAUAUUGAGCAGAAGACAAAAAUUAAAUCGCAUCAGAUGCCAGAACAGGUUGUUUUCUGGAAAUGGGUCACUCCAAAAGUGCUGGGGUUGGUCACUCAAUCAUCAGUUUAUCAUUGGUCAAUAGAAGGUGACUCUGAGCCUGUAAAGAUGUUUGAUAGAACAGCUAAUUUGACGAACAACCAGAUCAUUAACUACCGCUGUGACCCUUCUGAAAAAUGGCUAGUUCUGAUCGGAAUCGCACCUGGUUCUCCUGAGAGACCACAACUGGUUAAAGGAAAUAUGCAGCUUUUCUCAGUGGAUCAACAACGUAGUCAGGCUUUAGAGGCUCAUGCUGCAUCAUUUGCAUCGAUUAAGGUUGCUGGAAAUGAUAAAGAUUCUAUUCUUAUUUCCUUUGCUUCAAAGACUACCAAUGCUGGACAGAUUACUUCGAAGUUGCAUGUGAUUGAACUUGGUGCACAGCCAGGCAAACCGGGCUUUUCAAAAAAACAAGCAGAUCUGUUCUUCCCGCCUGAUUUUGCUGAUGACUUUCCUGUAGCUAUGCAGAUCUCUCACAAAUAUGGGUUGAUUUAUGUCAUCACAAAACUUGGUCUUCUAUUUGUCUAUGAUCUGGAGACUGCUACUGCAGUCUACAGAAAUCGUAUUAGCCCGGAUCCUAUAUUUCUAACUGCAGAAGCUUCGUCUAUUGGUGGCUUUUAUGCUAUCAACAGAAAAGGGCAGGUUCUUCUCGCAACCGUUAAUGAAGCAACUCUUGUACCCUUUGUCAGCGGUCAGCUGAACAAUUUGGAGCUUGCUGUUAAUCUUGCCAAACGAGGAAACCUUCCAGGGGCGGAGAAUUUGGUCGUCCAAAGAUUUCAAGAACUCUUUUCCCAGACAAAGUAUAAGGAGGCUGCCGAGCUUGCUGCAGAGUCUCCACAAGGAAUCCUUAGGACUCCUGAGACUGUUGCCAAAUUUCAGAGUGUUCCUGUGCAAGCUGGGCAAACACCACCACUGUUGCAAUACUUUGGGACAUUGUUAACAAAGGGAAAACUGAAUGCAUUUGAAUCUUUGGAGUUAUCUCGUCUUGUAGUAAAUCAGAACAAGAAGAAUCUUUUGGAAAAUUGGUUAGCUGAAGACAAGCUUGAGUGUAGCGAAGAGCUAGGUGACUUAGUAAAGACUGUUGACAAUGACCUUGCUCUGAAAAUAUACAUAAAAGCGAGAGCUACUCCGAAAGUUGUUGCGGCGUUUGCUGAAAGAAGGGAGUUUGACAAGAUCCUGAUAUAUUCAAAGCAGGUUGGAUACACGCCAGAUUAUCUUUUCCUCCUCCAGACCAUUCUGAGAUCAGAUCCUCAGGGUGCAGUGAAUUUUGCUCUUAUGAUGUCCCAAAUGGAGGGAGGCUGUCCACUUGACUAUAAUACCAUCACAGACCUCUUCCUUCAGAGAAACUUGAUCAGAGAGGCAACAGCAUUUCUGUUGGAUGUCUUGAAACCAAAUCUUCCAGAACAUGCUUUCCUUCAAACAAAGGUGCUGGAGAUCAAUCUUGUGACGUACCCAAAUGUUGCGGAUGCUAUAUUAGCCAAUGGGAUGUUCAGUCACUAUGAUCGUCCCAGGAUAGGUCAGCUAUGUGAGAAGGCUGGCUUGUAUAUCCGUGCUCUUCAGCAUUAUUCAGAAUUGCCUGAUAUUAAGCGUGUCAUUGUGAAUACUCAUGCGAUUGAGCCACAGGCUCUUGUGGAGUUUUUUGGGACUCUUUCAAAGGAGUGGGCUCUAGAGUGCAUGAAAGACCUAUUGCUUGUAAAUCUGAGAGGAAAUCUUCAGAUAAUUGUGCAGACUGCCAAAGAGUAUUCUGAGCAGUUGGGUGUUGAUGCAUGCAUCAAACUGUUCGAGCAAUUUAAAUCCUAUGAAGGCCUUUAUUUCUUCCUGGGAUCAUAUCUUAGCUCCAGUGAGGAUCCAGAUAUACACUUCAAGUAUAUUGAAGCAGCAGCUAAAACUGGGCAGAUCAAGGAAGUCGAAAGGGUAACAAGAGAAUCAAAUUUCUAUGAUGCGGAGAAGACGAAGAAUUUCCUUAUGGAAGCCAAACUUCCAGAUGCACGGCCUCUUAUAAAUGUCUGUGAUCGUUUUGGCUUUGUCCCUGAUCUGACUCACUACUUGUACACAAACAACAUGCUCCGAUAUAUUGAAGGUUAUGUUCAGAAGGUGAAUCCAAGCAAUGCUCCAUUAGUGGUUGGCCAACUGCUAGAUGAUGAGUGCCCUGAAGAUUUCAUCAAAGGUCUAAUUAUUUCAGUCCGGUCUCUCCUCCCUGUAGAGCCACUCGUGGAUGAAUGUGAGAAGAGGAAUCGUCUUCGAUUACUCACGCAAUUCUUGGAACAUCUCGUGAGUGAGGGAAGCCAGGAUGUGCAUGUUCACAAUGCGUUGGGAAAAAUAAUCAUUGAUAGCAAUAACAAUCCAGAGCAUUUUCUCACCACUAACCCAUACUAUGAUUCACGUGUUGUGGGUAAGUAUUGUGAGAAGCGGGAUCCAACUCUUGCAGUUGUUGCUUACAGACGAGGACAAUGUGAUGAUGAACUUAUAAACGUCACAAACAAGAACUCCCUCUUCAAAUUGCAGGCCAGAUAUGUGGUGGAGAGGAUGGAUUCUGAUCUCUGGGAGAAGGUGCUUCUUCCUGACAAUGAGUAUAGGAGACAGCUUAUUGAUCAGGUUGUUUCUACUGCCCUGCCUGAAAGCAAGAGCCCUGAGCAAGUAUCUGCAGCUGUUAAAGCUUUCAUGACUGCUGAUCUUCCUCAUGAAUUGAUUGAGUUACUUGAGAAGAUUGUGCUCCAAAAUUCUGCUUUCAGUGGAAACUUCAAUCUGCAAAAUUUGCUUAUCUUAACAGCCAUCAAAGCAGAUGCAUCUAGGGUUAUGGAUUACAUCAAUAGAUUGGACAACUUUGAUGGACCUGCAGUUGGAGAGGUUGCUGUUGAAGCACAAUUGUAUGAGGAAGCCUUUGCUAUUUUUAAGAAGUUCAAUUUGAACGUCCAGGCAGUGAAUGUUCUUCUGGAUAACAUCCAAAACAUAGACCGGGCGGUGGAGUUUGCCUACCGUGUUGAAGAAGAUGCAGUUUGGACUCAGGUAGCAAAGGCUCAGCUACGGGAAGGGCUAGUGAGCGAUGCAAUUGAAUCGUUUAUUCGUGCAGAUGAUGCAACCUAUUUCUUAGAAGUUAUUCAGGCUGCUGAAAACGCUAAUGUAUACCAUGACUUGGUUAAGUAUUUGCUGAUGGUCAGGCAGAAAUCUAAAGAGCCAAAGGUCGACAGUGAACUCAUAUAUGCGUAUGCGAAGAUUGAUAGGUUGAGUGAAAUAGAGGAAUUCAUCCUUAUGCCAAAUGUUGCCAAUCUCCAAAAUGUCGGUGAUCGUCUAUAUGAUGAAGCUCUAUAUGAAGCUGCAAAGAUCAUAUUUGCCUUCAUUUCCAACUGGGCCAAACUGGCUGUUACCCUGGUUAAACUCAAACAGUUCCAAGGUGCAGUUGAUGCAGCUCGCAAAGCAAACAGUUCAAAGACAUGGAAGGAGGUCUGCUUCGCUUGUGUGGAUGCUGAAGAGUUCCGCUUGGCACAAAUCUGUGGCCUCAAUAUUAUUGUACAGGUGGAUGACUUGGAGGAAGUUAGUGAUUAUUACCAGAAUAGAGGAUGCUUCAAUGAAUUGAUCUCUCUCAUGGAGAGCGGCCUCGGAUUGGAGCGGGCUCACAUGGGUAUUUUUACAGAGCUGGGAGUGUUAUAUGCUAGAUAUCGUCCAGAGAAACUUAUGGAGCACAUCAAACUGUUCUCAACACGACUGAACAUUCCCAAGCUUAUCCGUGCUUGUGAUGAGCAACAACAUUGGAAAGAGCUCACUUACCUGUAUAUACAGUAUGAUGAAUUCGACAAUGCCGCUACCACAAUCAUGAACCACUCUCCAGAUGCCUGGGAUCACAUGCAGUUCAAAGAUGUUGCUGUCAAAGUGGCAAAUGUUGAACUUUACUACAAAGCGGUGCACUUCUAUUUGCAGGAGCAUCCUGAUCUUAUCAAUGAUAUGCUCAAUGUUCUUGCUCUCCGUGUGGAUCAUACACGUGUUGUGGACAUCAUGCGGAAGGCUGGCCACUUGCAUCUUGUGAAACCAUAUAUGAUUGCAGUACAGAGCAAUAAUGUAUCUGCUGUGAAUGAAGCCUUAAAUGAAAUCUAUGUUGAAGAAGAGGACUAUGACAGGCUAAGAGAGUCCAUUGAUUUGCAUGAUAAUUUUGAUCAGAUAGGCCUUGCUCAGAAGAUUGAAAAACAUGAGCUUCUGGAAAUGAGACGGGUCGCUGCAUAUAUUUAUAAGAAAGCAGGAAGAUGGAAACAGUCCAUUGCUCUGUCUAAGAAGGACAAAAUGUACAAAGAUGCUAUGGAGACAUGCUCUCAGUCUGGUGAACGCGAGCUUUCUGAGGAGUUGCUUGUUUAUUUCAUUGAGCAGGGGAAGAAAGAAUGCUUUGCUUCAUGUCUCUUUAUCUGUUAUGACUUGAUUCGACCUGAUGUUGCUCUAGAGCUUGCAUGGACGAACAAUAUGCUUGACUUCACUUUCCCAUACCUUCUACAGUUUAUUCGUGAAUACACAAGCAAAGUGGACGACCUCAUGAAAGAUAAGCUCGAAGCCAUGAACGAGGUGAAAUCCAAGGAGAAGGAAGAGAAAGACAUGGUUGCUCAGCAGAAUAUGUAUGCCCAAUUGCUACCUCUUGCAUUACCAGCACCACCAAUGCCUGGAAUGGGUGGAAUGAGCGGUCCUUUUGGCGGAGCGCCGGCCCCACCACCACCUAUGGGUGGUAUGGGGAUGCCUCCCAUGCCUGCCUAUGGCAUGCCUCCUAUGGGAUAUUGAAGAUAAACAUAGUUUGAGGUUUAUUGUUUAUCGAUGGGUAGCUGAACGAAGGAAAAGGAACAAGCCACUUGUGUAAUUUUGUUGUAGGUUGUUAUUAUCAGUUGUAUCUCCUUGAUGUUCCUUCUAAAUUAGUAAUUUUUUUGGUGCCAAUGAGGCUGAGAUGAGGAUUUUUGUGGUUAUUUGACGAUAGUAGGGUCGAUGCCAUUUGAAACACAGUAGGGUUUUGUGGCUGGGCUCCAUUUGUAUAUGCUCCCUCCAACUGCCUGAUAUAGUAUGUCUUGUACUUCUGUGCUUCCGAAUUUUGUGUCAUAUAUUUGUUUUCCAUAUUUAUACUGUUUAUUAUGAAUAAUAGAUAUUGUUUCGUGUCCAUUA